UCAAAACUUUUUUCGUGUACAUUUUCUAUGAAUUUUCAAAAAUUAUUUUUGGAAAAAAUAUUUUUGCAUCGGUAAAAUGGCAGCAUCUCUGUCAUCGUGUACACUGACCAAUACUACAAUUACGAAACCUAAAUGGACAUCAUCAAUAUUUGGUAGUUAUUCAUCAACAACAACAGCAAACAGUUGUUCAUCAUCUUCGGUAACAUCAUCACCUGAUUCCGAUACAACAUCGUCGGAUUAUUUAUCCUUGUUCUUGAACUAUAAACGUUCUCAUAAUAAUCAUUCAUCAUCAUCAUCAUCGAUGUCAUCGUUGAUGAAUGAACAUUUUUCAUCUUCACCAGCAAAAACGGAUACAAAAACAUCAAUAAUCGGUACUAAUACUGGUACCGGCAUCAAAAGUCACGCGACACGAUCCAUUAAAUUCAAUCACCCAAAAAUAACUAAACAUGAAUUUGUCGCCCAUGGAUCUGCUGUCACAUGUUUGGCUUUAGGACAAAAAUCUGGACGUGUUAUGGUAACCGGUGGUGAUGAUGCCAAAAUAAAUUUAUGGGCCAUUGGUAAACCAAAUUGUAUUAUGAGCUUAAAUGGCCAUCGAACUUCAAUCGAAUGCGUCAAAUUUAAUCAAAAUGAAGAUAUUGUCGGAGCUGGUUCCGCAUCUGGUGCCAUUAAACUUUGGGAUCUUGAAGCAGCCAAAUUGAUACAAACAUUAACUGGUCACAAGACUAAUGUACGUUGUCUUGAUUUUCAUCCAUAUGGCCAUUUUCUUGCUUCUGGAUCAUUUGAUACUAGUAUUAAAUUAUGGGACUAUAGAAAAAAGACAUGUAUCAUUACAUACAAGGUACACACAAAAGAUGUACACUGCCUGAAACUUAGCCCGGAUGGCCGUUGGCUUGCAUCUGGUGGUAAUGAAGGAUCUGUGAUGUUAUAUGAUAUUGUUGCUGGAAAAAUGCUUGCCGAAUUGAAAGGUCAUUCAUCAUCCGUAACCGAUGUGGUUUUUCAUCCAAAUGAAUUCCUAUUGGCCAGUUCAAGUUCCGAUGGUACAGUAAAAUUUUGGGAUUUAGAAAGUUUUCUUCAAGUAUCGACGACAACCUAUCAAUCCGAUAUUGGAGCCAUCAGAAAGAUUGCUUUCCAUCCUGAAGGCAAAGCAUUGAUUGCCAGUGGUAAAGAUGCAAUGAAAGUAUUCGGAUGGGAGCCAACACAUCUUUAUGAUGUUGCACAAACAAAAUGGGGACGAUUAAAUGAUAUGACCAUUAUGGAUGAACAAAUUAUUGCCGGAACAUUUUCAACUACAAAUGUUUCAGUGUAUAUGGUCGAUUUGAAUACCAUACAGCCAUUCAAUUAUAAUAACACUAAAUCUAACAUUUGUACACGUGACAAUGUUCUUCGGCAAAGUACACGAAGAAAUUUCAAUUUCGAACAUACAAGCAAAACUUGUAAACAACUAGAAUCUUUAGAAUCAAGUCGAACGGAUGAUAUGGAUACAAUGAAUGGAUCAGAUGGCGGCGAUUCAUUGGCAGAAAUUUACAAUACCUGUGAUUAUAAAGAAAUAUUUCAAUCGCGAAGAGAAUUAAUGCGCACACCUCCGCCAUUAGAUGAUAGCACACCUAACGAUCAAAAUUUACGUAGCCUACAAUUCGAACCGACAAGUCUUUCUUCAUCUACGACUGGUUUUGCCGUCGGCCAAAAACCAUCGCUCAAAUCCGGUCUAAUGAUGGCCAAAGGACCAACAACAAUAUCAACCCCAUUGCAUUCUGUUCGCCAUCUAUCUGAAUCACUCAACAAUCUUAAUUUAAAUCAUCGAAACAAUAAUAUUUUUCCUUCCACUCCAUUGUCGCCUAUUAUUGCAAAUAAUAGCAACGAUAAUUCAACAACGGUCAUAAAAGAUUCAAAUAUUGCGAAUAAUAAUCAUAUCCUACCGCAUUCUACAUCUCUAACUGCUCUUAAUCAAUUGAAGCAUGUUAACGGUGAUGGUCAUCAUGUGACAACAUUUCCCAAUAUUACGAAUAUAAGUCACAAUAAAUUGAUAAACACACCAUCAUUAAUUUCGACAUCCAAUCCAUUGUAUUCAUCUCUAUAUGCUAAUGCAUCUAAUAGCAAUACUACACUGUCUCCAUUGAAUCACCAUUCUUUAUCAGUAGGACCACUUUCGCCCUCUGUUCAUCAUGGUAAUUCCGCCACAUCAUCAUCAACAGCAACACCAACAACCACGAUUAAUAAAUUGUCAUCAACAAAAUUGAAUGAAAAAUCCAAAAGCAAUAAUAAUAAUACAUCUACAUUAGCAACGACAUUGACACCAAAUAAAAUAACAUCUAUGGUUCGUCCAAUUAUAAACGAUUCAAAUCGACCAUCCAUCACAAGCAGCUAUUCGAGUUAUCAGCAAAAAUCUUCCAAUUCUGCGAACAAUGAUGACCAUAUAAUAACUGGCGUCAAAUCAUUAUCAUCAAUGAACCAUAGCAAUACAAAUGAUUCUACUAUGAUCAUACCAGAAAUACGUGAUCAUCCAGCCGGUCUGGAUUUUAACGAUUUUCUACCGAAACAUAUACAACAAUAUGGUUGUGAUUCACAGCCUUUCAUUUCUGAAAUUGAAACAAUUAAUACGAUAAUGAAAGGACAUAAAGCAGCCAAAGCUGGUCUAGAUUAUCGAAGAAAACAAGUACAGAUUGUAUUGGCUAUGUGGGCAACAAAAGAUUCAAAAACUGCUUUGGAAUAUGCCAUCAAUUUGGAUGAAAAAUCAAUCAUUAUUGAUAUAUUGAAUGUUAUGAUUUGGAAACCAUCGGUCUGGAAUUUGGACAUUGCUUUGAUUUUAUUACCAUGCAUACAGGAACUACUUCAAAGUAAAUAUGAAAGUUACAUGUCAGUAGGAUGCAGUGCAUUGGCUUUGAUAUUGAAAACAUUUUCGCCUACAAUCAAGAAUAACAUAUCUGCUCCACCAGGUAUCGGUGUGGAUAUCUCUCGUGAAGAAAGAUAUAACAAAUGUAUGAAAUGUUAUAAUUAUCUUCUUUCUGCUCGAGCAUUUGUAUUGAAACGACAAACAUUACAAGGUAAAAUUGGCCGAUCAUUUCGAGAGCUUUCCAUAUUGAUGCAAAAUCUUGAAUAAUAAUAUUCCUGUAUUGUAAAUGAUGGACAUAAUCAUCAACCACCGAUCUCUCACACAUAUAUUUUCUACAUACACUUUUUAUUUUAUGUUAAACCGAAUUUAUUUGAUUUUAUCCAUCUUUAAUCAUUUGACCUUUUCCCGUUUGGACAACAAAAAAAUUAUAUCAUCAUCAUUUGUGAUAAAGAAAGUAUUGUAAUAAUAAUUUUAAAAAAAUACAAUUUGUUGUUUUUGAAACAAAACUGAAUAAUUGAAUUAUCGAUUUUGUAAAUGUAUAACAUAUAGCACAGAAUUUUAAAACUUACAAGCUG